GCUUCGUUUAUUCCUGUACAAGCUAUCAUUCUCAAUUCGAUUGCCUCUGAAGUCUAGUUGUAAAUUCAACUCUCAAAUAUUUCGAACAUGAAGCUGUUCAUCGCCUCCGUUCUACUAGCUUUUGUGGCUCUUGGAUCAGCCCAAUCUCGCCAGUCAUCGAUCGAUGCAUUGACAAAACUGCGUGAGGCCAUUCCAGAGAUCAAAUAUGCUCAGGAUUCAGCCGUCUUGAAAGUGUCCGAAGCAAAACAGAAGGCGUCGAAUGCUUUAAACAACUUCUACCACAAUGUGUUCGUCACCAAAACGGAUCUGUUGCAACAAAUCAUUAAGGAGGAAUCGGAAGUCAUGGAGUACGGCAAAGCCUUAGACAGCUGGUGCUGGGAGAACAACGUGCCCAAGCUUGAGGGUAUCAUGGGAUGGAUCGGAAUUGACUUCUCCAAUUGUAUCAAGGCUCUAGACAACAGCAUUUCCGGUAUCGUUGCCACCAUCUACGGUCAGUUCCAAACAGACGAGAGUAACAUCAACAAGUAUAGCCUGUUCGAGGUAUUCGAGAGACGCAACAUCAUCAACAAUCCGCAAUCAGUUCUGGACGCCAUCGCCAAUUUGCAACUGAACGUAGAUGAAUCGGUCCCGGAAUUCGAUCAAACUAUUCGUGAGUUUGAGGAUGAUUUGAACGCCAAAAUUCCAUCGUACACCAGCUGUAUGAACCAGCAGAUGUCAAUGCGCCGCAUGGAAAUUCAAAAUUUGAAGGAUGAAACUCAGCUUUGUUUAGAGCUGCAGUAAAUGGUAACUACCUUACUGAAUCCAUUCCCAAAUAAUUUCUUCGGUAAGAGUUUGUGCAUAUUAAAAUAAAACAAAUAACUUCUGGCGAAGUUUCAACGAA